CCUUCGCUAUUCAAAUAUUUGUGAUAAGGAUCAUGAAGUUUUAAUUUUACGAUGAUCAUAAAUUUUAUUUAAGAUUAGAUAGAUAAAGGAAAAUUCUAACUUUAACAUAUUUUAUACAUAAUGUAAUGUAAACAUUUUAAAAUGGCGCAAUGUUUUAAAGAAUUUUUAAAUGCAGGACCUUUAGGAUAAUAUGAUAAAAGAAUAAUAUUCAGUGAUCAGUUACAGUUCUCUAGUUAAUUGAAUGGUACGUUGGAUAAUCAUAGGCUUAUGCAGUGAUUUUUUUUUCUACCAUUUAUGCAAUGUAGUUAUGUUCAGUUUUGAUGGCAUAACCUAACGAGGAAAGAUCAUGUGGGUUUCUCACGAAGAAGGAAGUAAGAACAAGUAUAGUGGUUAUUAAAAUAACACGCGGAUAAGCCAAAUUCAAUCAGCAAGGAAUUGUGGAUUACUAGUAAUCGGUUUAAAAAAGUAAAGGAACUGAUGUUAUUUAUUUACAUUAGUCAAACAAAAUAAAAAAAAUGAAAUAAAAUUGUGCAUAUUAACCAUUUUGCAGUGACAACUGAAUUUUAAGAAUACGAUAUUCUAUUACAGAUUAUGUCAAGAUGAAUAAUGUGAAAGAAAAAUUGAAGAAAAAUGAAUACAGAAACUGGGUGAAAGGUACUUUAGGCCUUGAAAGAACUAAUCGGGCUCUGUUUGAAUAUGUAAAGGCGAAAUUCGAAGUUUUUACACACAGGAGAGCUGGUCCUCAUGCGUAUUUUACAGAAGACGUAUACAGUCAUAUACAUCUUGGUACAAGCUGCAUCCGUUCGAAUCUAAAACGGAAAAUAAAGUACGAUAAAACCAAUGAUACAUGGAAAUGGACGAAUCCCUGUGGAAAAUGUAAAGAAGCGUUCAAGUCGAUACUGUCUAUGUAUACGAAUGCAAGUAAAAAGAAGAUGCAUCUAGAAAACUGCGAAAAUACCACUAAAGUAACACUGGAGUGGGCCAUCGCAAGGUUUUUCAUGCCUGAAAGAAAUGACACUAACAAGGGACCAGAUGAUACAGACCCAGCUGCAAUGAUAAACCUUUUACUGAACUGCCAUUUGUUUACAAACCAGAUCAGACGGAAUUUCCUGAUCGAGCUCAGAGAAGCCAGGAAUAAGCUUUUUCAUUCCUCAGACAACCUGGUAAAUGACAACGUAUUGAAGGUUUAUUUUUUUAAUAUGAAAGGACUUCUCACUGAUGCUUCUCAUGAUACCGAGGUCGACAAUAGUAUAAGGGAAGUAAUAGCAAAAGACAUACAGACAAUCGAACAGCUGGAGGAAGCAGAAAUAUCAAUGACUUUAUUUGACGAUGCCUUAAAAAUCCAACGGAAAGCAAUUUACGAAGAAUACGAAACAUGCUUGCAGGAAAACAACAUUGAACAGCUUAAAGUUCUUCUGAAGCUUGCAGAAAAUAUCGCGGCAGAUCUUCAGUUUAUGAACGAUCAUUCCGAAGAACUAAAGAAUGUAAAAGUCUACAUGACAAAAAUUGAACAUUUGCAAACAAAGGAAGAAGAAUUAAAUGCAGAGAGCAUGAUUAUUAUUGUUAUCGUUACAAUUGGAUUUGCCUUAUUGUUAAGGAUGUGUUUAUAUUUUGGAUGAAAGAAUUUUCGAAUCAGAAGGAUGUGGCGACCUUCCAUGAAGAACUGUUUUUGAAUUGUUGCUUGAUGCGCAAUAUAAAUUAGUUGUUUUUUUUUGCUAUGUUGACUGUUUUCUGCACAUUUAACCAAUUUUCUAUGAAUAAUUAAUAUUUAUUCUGAUCUGCGUUAGUAACUGUUGCUAGCGAUGCAGAGAUACACAUUUUAUGACUGUAAGGAGAAAUUUACAUUCUGAGAUAAAUUGUCUGAUACACAGAAGUAUUGCAUACCUGUGAUUAACUGUUACUUUCGAAGCCGAGAUCCUGACUUAAAAUUAUCUAUUACAGAGAUUUCGUACGCAAAUAAUUGUUUUUCUUUAACCAUAGAAUGAUUUCAGCCUUUGCCAAUUCAAAGUACUUUUUAUCCUUUAUUAAAUUUUUACGGGUAAUUGAAAUCUAGUUUAGUAGAGCAGAUAAUUCCUGACGUCAUAAUAACUUAAUUCUUUUUUUCUUCCAAUACUAAAGAAAAGAAAUCCUGACAUUUAUGAUUUUAUCUUGAUAAUAUAGUUCUUGACAAAGUUGGAAGUUACAUUUCUUCUAAUUAUGUCACUCGCCAAUCUAUUUUCGUUAACCUAUAAUAUGAAUGAAAAGGCGUAAUAUAUGAAGUGCAAACUCGUAAAAUAUUAGAUCAGUAUAUAGUAUCUUACAAUGUAAGGUCAUAACAUUGUGUCUACAAAAUAGAUUCGUUAUAUUAUGAGUUAUAAAAAUAAUUUGUUAUCGGUUGCUAUACGCUCUCAAAAUGUUCCGUUGUUUUAGAAAAAUUGUUUUAAAUGUUGUCCAUGAAUCAGAUAAAACAUAUUCUGAAAAAUGCAGAAUUUAUAAAGGUUACUUAAACCGUUAAAAAUUUGUAUCUAUUUAUGAAUCAUAUUACUUUUCAGUUGUGUGAUUUUCAAGUCAUGUAGUUUUAAUAAACGUGCAUAUGAAU